GUGUAUCAUCAAUGUGGAACGAAGCCAUUAUCGUCCCCAUCUUUAAAAAGGGUCGACGUAAUUCGUGUGACAAUCAUAGGGGUAUCAGUCUGUUACCAGUCGCGUCUAAAAUACUGGCUGCUGUCUUGCUUCGCAGACUGUGCAAAAUACGUGAAGGAUUGAUUCGCGAAGAGCAGGCUGGGUUUCGUUCAGGUCGUGGAUGCAUUGAUCAGGUGUUCACCCUUCGUCAGUUGUUGGAACACCGCCACACGUAUUGCAGGCCAACGAUCGUUGUGUUUCUUGAUAUUAGGGCUGCCUUCGAUUCGUUGGACAGAACUGUGCUCUGGAACUGUCUGUUAGAGAGAGGUGUACCUGAGAAAUUUGUUAACAUCUUGAAAACUCUAUAGAGAAAAACCUCAGGUAGAGUGAGGGCAUACAACCAACUAUCACCACUGUUCACAUAUAUGUAUAUCGUGAACUGGAAGAAGUUGGAAUUCAAGGAGAUAACCAUUGGAUUGGUACCUGGUGGUGUCUGAAUGAUCUUUCAGCUAGGUCACCUUGUACCAAUGAGGCUAUAGGUUCGAACCCUGGUGUGGAG